AUGUCUUAUAUAAUUAAAUUUGUUAAAAGUGAUGCUAAUUGUGAUAGACCAUUUACUGAUCUUGCUUCUGGUAAUUGUAUAGGUAUAGAACUUCAAGAUUAUGAAUUAAAUCCUCCUGUUGCUGCAAAUUAUCUUUCAUGUUACUGGAAUGGACCAUGGUUAUGUAGGACUGCUGAAAGAAAUAAUGAUCCUAAUAAUCCUAAUGUUCUUUGUUGUUCUAAUAAUGUUGAUGGUGAUGAAGCUUUAAGUGAAGUAACAUAUUUAUAUCAUCGUUAUACACAAAAUUUAGCCUUUACAACAACAAUAACCCCAUGUUAUGAUGUAAAUAAAAAUUGUGAUACUAUAGGCUAUUUAUGUCGUGAACCAACACAAUUUGGAUAUAUGUUUAGUAGAUGUAAAAUGACAUGUGGAUUUUGUGGUGAUGCUACAGCACCACCACUUUGCCGUGACAAACCAACUGUUAGUUGUAAACGCCAAGCCAUCUAUUGUAAUGAUCCAUUAUAUAAAGAUUUUUUAACACAAUCAUGUCCAAGAACAUGUUCACGUUGUGGUCCAUCAUAUACAUGGAAAAAUGUUACAACAGAAACUCCUAAUAUCUCUCCAAGUCCUCAUCUUUGUAUUGAUGUUAGAACAAAUUGCCCAAAAUUACGAGCCAGUUGUUCAAAUAUACAUGUUGCCAGUUCAUGUCCUAAAACUUGUGGAACAUGCAAUUAA